AUGCAUACCUUCAAGACUCUCGGUGCCCUUUUCCUCCUAGCGACCACUACUCUCGCUCUCUCCCCACCAAUUUGCCCAACCUGCAACCCGAUCUCCGGCCAAAACAACUGCGACCCAACCACAUCAUGCAUUAGCACUGGGAAGAACUUCCACUGCGCAUGCCGAGCGGGAUACAAAGCAUUCGCAGGAAACGACGCCAGACAGUUCCGUCUACCAUUCAAGAACUACGAGUUUUUGGUUUUCACUCACGAAAAGACCGAAUGCAACGUCCUUUGCAAGGAUUACACUCAGCCGCCACCUUACUUGGUUUUCAUUAUGGGGUACAUUUGGGACGUCACGCAACAACGAUUGAUUUCCGAUGCGGUUACGAACCAACGUACGCACAACUACAUCUACGGACUCGACUCCUUUCCCUGGCAACCCCUCGGCUAUGACCAUGACUUUUCCGGCCUGUUUUGA